UAGCGAGUCGUAAGCGAGAGACAUGGAUACCGAGGGGUUCCAUUGUUUCUUCACACCUUGUCUUAACCUACUGCAUCUCCUUAAUCACCACCAGUACGCCUUCCCGGUAUGGUAGCAAUUUAGAAGUUCGAAGAUCUUGCGUUUCGAAUUUCAAAGUUAUAUUUUAGCCCUCGUUAACGCACUACUACGAGCGUUCAAUCGAGAGAAUUCAAUAGCCAUGAUAACAACACCUUCGUAGUGAUAUAUAUUUGGGGAAACUACAACGAAAGAUUUGAAGUCCGCCUGAAGAACGAUUAUAACGUUGGUAGAAGCGAGUUGAUUUUCCUUGAGGUAUCUAAACAUAUUGACUAUGUACACUGUUAGCGGAUCGCAUCCCUUCCAGUUAUCCAUCUUCUGUUUUGUGUUGCUAUGCAACUGCAUCCAUCUUUCGGCUUCUCCAGCCCGCCUCCCAGCCAGCUGGCCAAAGCUCCGAAUAUUCGGAGGCAACGGCCUUCAUGAUUCGCCUCGUCGCAGAAUACCCCCUUCCACCGAGGUCAUUACCUCACCACCGAUAUCGUCGUCGGGUUCGAAUAAUCUACAUUUAACUAAGACGUCAUCGUCUCAUUCAAACGAGUUGCAUGGGGAUCAUCAGCCUUCGUCGUUCGAUCCCCUGACAUCAUCCUCAUUUUCGACGUCAUCUCAUCCACCGCAACAUCUAGACACAUCGUUCCCCUGCCCGAACUGUCGUACGCGGAAUACAAUAAAAACCGAUGUCGAUGAUCAGGGGUCGUUGUCGACGAAGAUGUCUGCGGCUGAGAAGGAAUACCGCAUUCAAGCUCUCAAGAAGCACAUCCUGGAUGCCUUGCACCUCCAGUCUCCGCCGCUCGUCAAAGGUGAUACUCCGAACGUUGACCCGAAGUUUAUUGAGAAAAUUUUUAGCGAAUCAGAAAAGUACGAAAUAGACGAUGACGAAGAUUACGAGCAUGACGUCGAGAAAACCAACAAGCAACUAAUAGUAGGCGUUGCAGGUGAGAUAGGUGGCUAUGGCAACGAGCAUAAGGUCAAACUCAGUUUCGUCAUACCAGCUGACGUUCAACGGGCCAACUCUGUCAGGGGAAAACUCUGGCUCGGUAUCACAAACUCGUCGAGCGCCACCACCGGGUCACUGUUCGUCAUCCAACGGUUAUAUCGAAAAUAUUUCGGCACGAAUGUCGUCGGCGUCCAUCGCAUGGAGAGUACGCCAUCGCCAGGGGGUUGGAUAAGCAUCGAUUUGUCAUCGAGUCGGUGGUCAGCUAGGGAGUCGUCGGUGGUAAUGGAAGUCAUUCCAGACCCCGCCCAACCGACCGUCGAUCUCGCUGCCGGCGCUGUGUUAGAGGUUAGCGUGGUGACGCGCGAAGACGCGCACCGUCGGCGUACGCGCCGCGGCAUCGAGUGCCAGUCGAAUAAUCCGACAGCCUGUUGUUUGCAACCCUUCUCCGUUUCCAGAGAUGAUUUGAAUUGGAAUUGGCUCAUCGCUCCGGCUAAUAUCCGACUGAACUACUGUCGGGGGUCCUGCGAUUCAGGUACUAGCCCCAUCUUUAAUCAUUCCAGCAUCUUUUACGCGCACACGAUGAGGGAAUCAAAUAGUAGCAUACGCAUGCGUCUCAUGCCUUGCUGUACACCAAAACGUCUCGGCGACGUUCAGAUGCUCAUAAAUUCCGGAGACGAUAGCACUUUUUAUCGGAGAACGAUACCUAAUUUGAUGGUUAGAGAGUGUGGGUGCGCUUAGCCGCGCGUAGUGGGUGGUGUCGUCGAAUACCAAAUUUAAAAGAAAAUUAUCAAAUGACCUUGAUGACGCUAUGAUAUAUGAUACAAGCGUCAAAUAGUUGGGGAAAACGCACAUAAGUCUGUCGUUAAUUUUCAAAAGUCUG